AUAUCAUAUAACAGAAAAUAUAAUAUCAUGACUAUUGCAUUCUCUAGACUAUAUUUUUGAUUGAAUGUGUUGUUGUUACUUGUUUGGUCUAUGGAGAUUUGUAGUUUUCCUAGAUGAAUGGCUUGUGAAAUAUGUAAAACCGUUUCAUGGUUGGUAUUUUGAAUGCAUAGUCAGGUCAGUACUCCCAGGAUGUCCGGCUCCAAGACCUACAUGUGAAUUUUUCACUUACUUUUGUUGCAUUAUUCCAGUGGAAUAUUAUCGCACUCUAACAUGCCGCCAGAUUACUGCAGUGCAUCGCCUUGGAGGAGAAGUGAUUGCUUUCUUUUUCAAACAAUUAGAUCUGUUUGAUGUUGAGGAAAUUACUGACGCCAUGGGCGUAAUACCAGACUGGAAAAGAUACAUGCUUACUGGUGAAUGGCCUUGGAGUGAAGACGAAAAAGAAGGUGAUAGUGAUGAUGCUAACGAUGAUAAUGAUGAUGAUGAAAAUGAUACCGAAGAUGAUGAUGAAUGAAUGAAUAAAAGUAAUGAAUCAAACAAAUAUCUGAUAAUUUACAUACACAUUCAUGAAUCAACUUAAACUUAAUUUGUAAGACUAUAAAUGUAAUAAAGUUUCAAAACGAAGUUGGUCAUCC